UAUUACCUCUUCACAUUGAACCUCAGAUCUCCUCCCUUCCAAGGAGAGGCCAUCCAGAAGAAUAAAACUAAUAAAAUACUUGAAUUGUUAGUGAAAAUCGUUCUAGAUAACAGGAAUACAAGGAUCAUGUCAGCUUAAAAGAUUGUGGAAAGUAGCCUUUACUUUCUUUUUCCCUAAAUUUUAACAAAAGACACAUUAUUAUUAAUGUAUUUAUAUAUUUCUGAGAGUACAUCAGGCUCUCAUUCAUGUAGUACAUCCUCUUGAGUUAAAAACUGAUAUAGAGUCCAGUUUUUUAUUACUUCACUGUUUCGUGGAUUCUGUGUUUAUUGAUAAGGUAGAGUAGAAAUAUGCGCAACCACAACAAUGGAGAAUUACAGAUCUAACUAGGAAGCAUCAAUAUGAAAUUAUUGCAAACAGUAAAAAUAUUGUAUUAUCCUAAAACAUGCAUAGAUUAAUACUGAAAAAUACACUCAGAUUUUGUUUUCCAGACAGGUUGUUGCAUUGUCGAAGAUGUUUUAAACAGAUCUAAUGCUAAGUCCUGCACAAGUUUGUGCAGGUUAUUACUCACCUCAAAUAUUCAUUUCUGUUGUCAGCUUUAGUGCAAAUUACAUUUCUUUUUUAUUUUAAAAUGUAACCAGUUCAUUCAAGCUUAGUUUUGCCUUCAAAUCAAUCAUGUUCCAAUUUUAAGCAGCUCCAUAAGACUUAGGUUAGGUUUCUUUCCUAAGAAAAAUACACAAAAAAUGUAAGUGUGGCUUGUUUUGACAAAUUUCAACAUGAGUCACAAAUAUUCAGGAUUCUUACACCUUUGAAAAAGAAUUUUCAAGCUGCAUAAUUUUGAUCCCAAAAUACUAUCUCAUGACAAGUUAUCAAAAAUAAAUUCUCAGUCCUGAAGACACUACUUUUUAUAACUAGUCACAGAAUGAUGACCUCUUAUGUAUAGGAAGUGUCUUAUCUUCUCUUUAGAUUGUAUACUCCCUUAAUAAUAGAUAAAUAUUUAACUGCAGUGUCAGAAAAAUUGAGAAAUUCUGUUGGUUUUGGAUACAUGGUAUGAAAGAAUUCUGUUUGCUUCUGUUGAUGAAACCUGAAGAUCUGGGCUUUAUCAGUUGUCAUAGUACUCAUGCAUAAUGCUAAAAAAUCUUUAGUAAUGAAAACUUUACUCUGAGACGGAUUUUGAUAGGAAUCUAGACUCUGAUGCAACUGCACUGAGGCCUCGAACCUAGUGUUUCUUAGAAUGUGAAAGUAAAAGGCAUAUGAUGUUUUGUUUAUUUCAAAAGAAAACUAUCCAUUUUACAUGAAGGGCACAUGGUGCACAGAGAUAUGCAUAAAACUAGGUCACACUGUAAUCACUGAUUCCAGUGUUUUUUGAGAUGGACCAUGCAGCUAUCAUUACUGCUGGUCUCCAGCUCUGUGGAAGUAAGGCUGCUUUCUUAUUUCUAGUUAACAGCUUUCCUUUUUUUAUGACAUCAUGACAGAUAUAAUUGCAACUCACAAAUGUGUUACUGUGUAGUUCAAGCAAAUUUUAACUAUUCAAUGAUAUUCAGAAGUUAGAAGUAAUAAUGAUUUCUAGGGUUUGAUAUUUUUUUUUAGAGAAAAUAUUCUGCAGAAUUUGUCUUGUAGUGCUGCCAAAGUUGUUUCUGAGUUAUUCUAUAAUUUCAAUUUUCAAUUAUGUUAAUUCUGAAAUGGAAUUUCUAUGUGUGCUUUAACCAGCGUGAAAGGAAAAUUUGCAGAUUCAACUGUAAAACUUACUGUGAAGGUGAAACUGCAAUGCAUAUACCCAAAAAAAGCCACGAAAAGCCAGGCAUCCUGGAUGAACAAUGUAACUCAUAAAGAAAAUAUAGCUGUCUUUCACCCAAUCUAUGGUAUACAUAUUGAAGACAAAUACAACUGCAGAAUUCCCUUUGAAAAUGUUUCCAGUGAAGACAAGUCCUUGUCCUUCAUCAAGAGCACUUUGAAGAAUGUUGGUAUACACUUUCGCUCCAUCGUAACUUACCCAGAUGGUAUUUGGGAAAAAGUAAUACAAAUUGUUCUGCCAGAAUUUCAGAAACAAAACAAUCUUGUGUUUAACAAGCCAGGAGAAAGUGUUGCUUUUACUUGCCCUUAUAACAUUGCAGAUUCAGUGCUGCAAGUGAUGUGGGAAAGGAUUAAAGCAGAUUGAGUAGAUAUUGUUGUUCUGUGCAGCUCAUCAGGAAAGCAAAGCUUUGGUUCACAUUUCAAAGAGCGUACACUGAUGGGCUGCUCUGAUCAGGCAAACUCCUAUAUUGUUAUCCCAAACAUUACAGCCUCUGACUUUGCAAAUUACCACUGUGUAGCUACUGAGAGAAACAAAACCCAUGUAAUGAUUUUUACUGUGGCUGGUAGAGUAAAGGAGGAAGCGGUAAAUAUUUUCACAAUAGGACCUUCUGAGAUGACUGGGAAAGAAGCACCCAGUAUGAUCUUCACAGCAGCAGAUGAAAAGCAGGCUACAACUUGUCCAGUCAUUGAGGGUUAUCUAUGUCCUUCUGAGCUAAAAGAAGAAAGUAGCACUUCUGUGCCACAGAAAACAGAAUAUAAGGCUACAGCUGGUGGUGAGGACAAUCAGGCAACUUGGUAUCAAAAACGGUUUAUCGUCAGCAUAGCUAGAGGAAUUUCUGCUGCUGUCUUACUGUUAGUUUUUCUAUCGAUCUUCAUUACCACUGCUUAUCACAAAAAAAAAACAAAUGGCUUACUGAAGUUCCUUAGUCAGCUAAAUGCUUACAGUGGUAUUAGCUGGAAUUUCACACCAAAGCCUGGUAACAGUUAUGGAAGUUCUAAUUUUCAUGGCACAUGGAACACAGGAAGAAGAGAAGAAGAAUCAUCCCUUGAGCAGACAGAGGAGAUUUAUGUCAACUGCGAUGAUGUCUCAUUUAAACCUAAGAAAAGACCAUUUGAUUCCUUUUUAGGAAUGAAAUAA